CACCAACGUUCCAAAAUAUGCAAAGCAACAAUACGUGAAGCAACUGCCGUACAAAGCACAGCUUCCCGAAGUAACCACCAUUCGAAGCAUAAUGAUAAUAUGCGAAGCACAGCAAUCCCGGAAUAAUACGGCAAUACAUAAAGCAAAAACAUGCGAAAAACUGUUGUCUGAAGUACUACUUUUCGAAGUAAUCACUGUUCGAAGCACAACGACAAUAUACAAAGCAACUACUAUUCGAAGUACAACAACAAUACGCGAAGCAACUACUAUUCGAAGUACAACAAUAUGUGAAGCACAGCAAAUUCUGAAAUAG